CCUUAUUAUUGUCACAUGUUUGCUAGAGAAAAAUUCCGUAUCAUAAAUACUUCAUAUCAUGCUUCUCAUUCCCAUGAACUCAAACACAAGAAAUUAAAAGCCUCUUUGAAUUGCUUCAAUUCUGCACACAAACAAGAUGCCUAAGCCCAUCAAUUCAAAGCUUCAAAUUGCCAUGUUCCCAUGGUUUGCUUAUGGCCACAUGAUACCAUUCCUCCAACUCGCUAAUGAAUUAGCCAAGAGAGGUCACACCAUUUCCUUCUUACUCCCAAAGAAGGCCCUCUCCAAGCUAGCUAACAAAAAUCUUCACCCUCAUCUCAUAACGUUCCACUCCCUCACCGUCCCUCAUGUUCCUGGCCUGACCCCUGGUGCUGAAACCACGGUGGAAGAAAAAGACUCUUUUGUCCUUUCGCUAGCCAUGGACAGAACUAGGGACCAGGUUCGAGCGAUACUCGAGAAGCAAAAGCCUGACAUUGUUUUCUUUGACUUUGCUUCUUGGGUACCGGACUUGGGCCUCCAGAUCGGGUUCAAGACGGUUUAUUACAAAGUAAUGAGUCCAACUACAUCAGCAAUAAAAGUAACAAGAUCUGUAGAUUUGGAUAAGCCCUUUACGACAGCUAAUUUCAUGGAGCCUCCGCUAGGGUACCCUUCUUCAAAAGUCCUUUUCAAAGAGCACGAGGCCCGAAGAGCAGUUGGUGCCUUUAAUAUCCAUCGGGAAAACGUAAUAAAGUUUUUGGGCCGUGGUGACAUUGGAAUGAGGAGCUGCGAUUUAUUAGCAGUGAAAACCGUGAAGGAAUCGGAAGGGAAGUACUGUGACUACCUUUCCACUCUAUAUGGAAAGCCCGUCAUCUGUACUGGCCCUGUCUUGCCAGAACCUAGAGCAGAGCCAUUGGAAUCCAAAAUCAAGAACUGGCUCGAGAGCUUCAAGCCCGGUUCAGUGAUUUUCUGUGCACUUGGGAGUGAAUGGGUUCUUGAGAAAGACCAAUUUCAAGAACUCCUUUUAGGAUUUGAAGAAACGAAGCUUCCAUUUCUAGUAGCCCUUAAGCCGCCAAAAGGGACAAGCACAAUAGAAGAAGGCUUACCAGAGGGGUUUCAAGAAAGGGUCCGGAACAGAGGGAUGGUUUGUGGGGGUUGGGUCCCACAAGAUCUGAUUUUGGGGCACAAAUCAGUUGGGUGCUUUGUGAACCACUGUGGGUAUGGGUCAAUGUGGGAGGCUUUGAUGAGUGACUGUCAGCUAGUGUUUGUUCCUAAUAUUCUUGACCAAAGUUUGAACACAAGGCUUAUGGCUGAAGAGCUGGAAGUAGCUAUUGAAGUAGAGAGGGAUGAAAAUGGGGGGUUUUCAAAAGAGAGUAUUUGCAAGGCGGUUAAAUCAGUGAUGGAUGAUGAUAGCCAAGUUGGGUGCUUGGUAAGGGAGAAUCACAUGAAGUUGAAGGAAGUCUUAAAUAGGCCUGGCUUCUUCACUGACUAUGUGGAAACAUUCAUCCAACAUUUGCAAGGGUUAUUAUGGUGAUUAGGGUGAUAUUGUGACAUGAUUUGCAAGAGCUUUCAUCACGCUUAAUAAAGGUGUUCUAAUUUGUUUAAAGGUGUUCGGAUAAGAUUAUAUGCUUUCAUCAAAUAAUAAGACAUAUUUGAUCCUAUUACAAGUGUAUAAUAUUCGAAAUUAUUAUUGAACGGGUUUUGUUUUAAGAAAAAUAAUGAUAAUUUUAUUAGUAAACUUUAUCAUUUAUUUUUAUUUAAAAAAUUCUCUUUAAUACGGAGUAUGUACUAGUAUAACACCGGCACGGUGUGUGAAUGUUUUUUGAAAAUAAAUAUGAUUGCUCUUUAAUUUUAAGAGUGCAUGUCAAUGUGA